GCACCAAGUGGAUCCCCAUGGUGAACGGGGGAGUCGAAAAGGGCUCCAGGAUCCCCAUUAUUUUAGUGGGAAACAAGUCUGACCUGCAGGUGGGGAGCUCCAUGGAUGUCAUCCUGCCCAUCAUGAACCAGUUCUCGGAGAUUGAGACCUGCGUGGAGUGCUCUGCCAAGAACCUCAAGAACAUCUCUGAGCUCUUCUACUAUGCCCAAAAAGCUGUGCUGCACCCCACCGCCCCCCUCUACGACCCAGAGGAGAAGCAGCUGAAACCUGCGUGUGCGCGAGCGCUGACCCGGAUUUUCAACCUCUCCGACCAGGAUAACAACCAGAUCCUUAGUGACGAUGAGCUCAACUACUUCCAGAAAUCCUGCUUUGGAAACCCGCUGGCUCCGCAGGCCCUGGAGGAUGUGAAGAUGGUUGUGUGGAAGAACACCACAGACGGGGUGCAGGACAACGGCCUGACGUUGAACGGCUUCCUCUUCCUCAACACUCUCUUCAUCCAGAGGGGCCGGCACGAGACCACCUGGACCAUCCUUCGCCGCUUCGGGUACGACGAUGAGCUGGAGCUGACGGACGACUAUCUCUACCCACAGUUCCGCCUUCCCCCCGGCUGCUCCACUGAGCUCAACCACUUGGGCUACCAGUUCCUGCAGCGGCUGUUCGAGAAGCACGACAAGGACCAGGACGGAGCCCUCUCCCCCACAGAGCUGCAGAACUUCUUCAGCGUCUUCCCCCGCGUGCCCUGGGGCCCCGAGCUCUACCACACGGUAUGCACCACUGAUAAAGGCCUGCUUUCCCUGCAUGGAUUCCUCUGCCAGUGGACGCUCGUGGCUUACCUGGAUGUGCGGCACUGCCUGGAGUGCCUGGGCUACUUGGGCUACCCCAUCCUCUCGGAGCAGGACUCCCAGACACAAGCCCUCACGGGCCUUCCUCGGCAGGAGCCUCGCGGUGAGUGGCUGCUCCCCUCUCCGGCCGCGCUGCGGCAGGGCAUCCCAGCGGAGCAGGAGGCAGAGCUAGCCGAUGCCCUUGGGACGGUGCCGUGCCACGCGUCCUUUCGCCUCCUGCCCCAGCUGUAUGAGGUGAGCGCCGACACGAGGUUCGCGAAGCCGUCGGACGCAGCCUGCGACGUCGCCUGCUUCAUCUACGACGUGAGCGACCCCAGGUCCUUCAGCUACUGUGCCAGUAUUUACAAGCAACACUACAUGGACAGUCAGAUCCCCUGUGUCUUCGUGGCCUCCAAGACAGACCUACCAGAAGCGAGUCAGCAGCCUGGGCUCUCCCCUGCAGAGUUCUGCUACAAGCACUGUCUCCCACCACCCUUCCUCUUCUCCUGCCAUGGCCAGGGUCCACCCAGCACCGCCGUCUACACCAAGCUGGCCACCGCCGCCACCUUCCCCCACUUGAACGCCGUGGAGCUGGGCGCCGCGUCCUUCUGGCUCCGGGUGGCCCUGGGGGCCACGGUGACCGCCCUGGUAGGGUUCACGCUGUACCGAGUGCUGACCAAGAACAAGUGA